UUUAUUUAUUAAAUUCUCAGUUCGACACGUAAUAAAAUAAAAUCCAAUUAAUUAAGACUUUUCUUCUUUAAUCUUCGUCUCUUCCGCAUUUAAAUGUCUCUCUGCUCUAUUUUUUCUAUUUGAAUCUUACAUCUCUCCGCUUCCCUUUCAGAUUAUUUGUUCUCUUUUCCACGGAUGCUAAAACCUGAGGCUUUCAGUAACUACUGAUCAAUUUUAUCAAGCGCGCAUGGAAUCACCCAUUGGUGGUUCAAGACACACAUCUGUUGUUGUUGUGACAUUGGAUUCUGGUGAAGUAUAUAUUGUUGCCAGCUUAUCAUUCAGGACUGAUACUCAGGUAAUAUAUGUUGAUCCGUCAACGGGGGUACUUCGCUACAGUGGGAAGCUGGGCUCUGAUGUCUUCAAAUCUGAAGAUGAAGCUUUAAAUUACAUUACAAAUGGAUCCCGAUGGCUGUGUAGGAGUACAACUUAUGCAAGGGCGAUUUUAGGUUACGCCGCCCUAGGAAGCUUUGGGUUGCUUCUUGUAGCUACAAAAUUAACUGCCAGCAUUCCAAAUUUGCCUGGUGGAGGUUGUAUAUAUACAGUGACAGAGAGCCAAUGGAUCAAAAUAUCACUUCAAAAUCCUUUACAGCAGGGUAAAGGAGAAACAAAGAAUAGUCAAGAGUUAACUGAUCUUGACAUUGAUGGGAAACACUACUUCUGUGAGACAAGAGACAUCACUCGACCUUUUCCAAGUCGCAUGCCCUUGGAAAAGCCUGAUGAUGAAUUUGUUUGGAAUGGAUGGUUUUCAAUGCCUUUCAAAAACAUCGGACUUCCAUUACAUUGUGUCACUCUUCUGCAGGGCUUUGCAGAGUGUCGAAGUUUUGGAAGCCUUGGUCAGUUAGAAGGGAUCGUUGCUCUUACAGCUCGUCGUAGUAGGCUGCAUCCUGGCACCCGAUACUUGGCUAGGGGGUUAAAUUCAUGUUUUAGCACAGGAAAUGAAGUGGAGUGUGAGCAACUUGUAUGGGUGCCCAAAAAGACUGGUCAAAGUGUUCCCUUCAACACAUACAUUUGGCGAAGGGGCACAAUUCCAAUAUGGUGGGGUGCAGAACUAAAGAUUACGGCUGCAGAAGCAGAAAUUUAUGUUUCAGAUCGGGAUCCCUAUAAAGGCAGCUCACAGUACUAUCAGAGAUUGAGUAAACGGUAUGAUGCUCGAAGUUUAGAUGAACCUUUUAUGGAAGGUCAGAAGAAAAAAGCUUUUGUUCCCAUUGUAUGCAUCAACCUGCUCAGGAAUGGAGAAGGGAAGUCAGAAUCGCUCCUAGUUCAGCAUUUUGAGGAAUCUCUAAACUAUAUCAGAUCAGCUGGAAAACUUCCUGAUACUCGACUGCAUCUAAUAAAUUAUGACUGGCAUGCUAGUGUAAGACUAAAAGGUGAACAGCAAACAAUUGAAGGACUAUGGAAACUUCUAAAAGCACCUACUAUAGCUAUAGGCAUUUCUGAAGGGGAUUAUCUACCUUCACGUCAACGGCUUCAGGAUUGCAGAGGUGAAGUCAUCUAUAAUGAUGAUUUUGAAGGUGCCUUUUGCUUAAGAUCACAUCAAAAUGGAGUCAUACGUUUUAACUGUGCUGAUUCUCUUGAUAGAACAAAUGCUGCUAGUUACUUUGGUGCCCUCCAAGUUUUUGUGGAACAGUGCAGGAGGUUGGCCAUAUCACUUGAUAGUGAUAUGGUAUAUGGUUAUCAGUCAGUUGAUAACUAUGGUGGAUAUACUGCUCCUUUGCCACCUGGGUGGGAGAAACGGUCUGAUGCUGUAACAGGGAAAACGUACUUUAUUGAUCAUAACACUAGAACGACAACGUGGAAUCAUCCUUGCCCAGAUAAACCUUGGAAGAGAUUCGAUAUGACAUUUGAGGAGUUCAAGAGAUCAACAAUUUUAUCUCCUGUAUCUCAGCUAGCUGAUCUUUUUCUUCUUGCUGGUGAUAUCCAUGCAACACUUUAUACUGGUUCCAAAGCUAUGCAUAGUCAAAUUCUUAGCAUAUUCAAUGAAGAGGCAGGAAAGUUUAAACAAUUUUCUGCUGCACAGAAUAUGAAAAUUACAUUACAAAGAAGAUAUAAAAAUGCUAUUGUGGAUAGCUCUCGUCAGAAGCAGUUGGAAAUGUUUCUUGGAAUGAGACUGUUCAAACAUCUUCCUUCAAUUCCAGUUCAGCCUCUAAAUGUACCUUCUCGACCAUCUGGAUUUUUUCUUAAGCCUGUUGCCAAUAUGUUUCCAAGUGGAUCUAGUCUUCUGUGCUUCAAAAGAAAAGAUCUCAUAUGGGUUUCCCCACAAGCUACUGAUGUGGUUGAACUUUUUAUCUAUCUUGGGGAGCCUUGCCAUGUCUGUCAGCUUCUUCUAACAGUAUCACAUGGGGCAGAUGAUUCAACUUAUCCAUCAACUGUUGAUGUGAGGACUGGACGCUACCUUGAUGGGCUUAAACUUGUUGUGGAGGGUGCUUCAAUACCUCAGUGUGCAAAUGGGACAAACCUUUUGAUACCCCUUCCAGGACCAAUUAAUGCAGAGGACAUGGCUAUCACUGGAGCUGGUGCACGUCUUCAUUCUCAAGAUACAACCACCCUUCCAUUAUUGUAUGAGUUUGAAGAACUAGAGGGAGAAUUGGAUUUCCUUACUCGCAUAGUGGCAAUUACAUUUUAUCCUGCUGUUUCUGGAAGAAGUCCUAUGACAUUUGGCGAGAUAGAGAUCCUCGGAGUUUCUCUUCCAUGGAAUGGUGUAUUUAGCAAUGAAGGCUCUGGUGCAAGAGUAGCUGAACUUGCCCAACAAAAUCUGAAGGAAGCUAAUCCAUUCUUGUCUACUUCAAACAACAGCAACAAUCCAUUUUCUGGCAGUUCUUUAUCUAAUCAAGUUGUAACACCGCCAAUGCAAAAAAGCACUUCUGAUAACUGGCUUGAUCUUUUGACUGGAGAGGAUGCAUUUUCUGAGCCUGUUUCUCAUCCACUGGCACAAAAUAAUGUUCAGGGGGGAAGCGACUUGCUUGAUUUCUUGGACCAUGCUGUUGUUGAAUAUGGUGCUGGUGAAACUGAUCAUAAAUUCUCUUCAUUGCAUGAUGCAAGGCCUCCAGAUAGUAGCGCUCAGAAGUAUAUAAGUUGUCUGAAGACCCUUGCAGGUGCCCAAAUGUUAAUUUUGCAGACGAGAAAAUUUGACUUCAUAAAAGCUAUGAAACUUGAAAUUGAAAGGCUCCGCUUGAAUCUCUCUGCUGCAGAAAGGGAUAGAGCUUUGUUAUCCAUUGGGAUUGAUCCUGCUACGAUAAAUCCAAAUGCUUUAAUUGAUGAAUCAUACAUGGGAAGAUUGUGCAGAGUUGCAAACACCCUUGCUUUACUUGGACAAGCUUCGCUUGAGGACAAAAUUAAUGCUGCCAUUGGUCUUGGGAAUAUCGAUGACAGUGUGAUAGAUUUCUGGAAUGUUGCUGGAAUUGGGGAUAGCUGUUCUGGUGGCAUAUGUGAGGUGCAUGCUGAAACAAACACACACGCACAUGAAUCCUCUAUGACAUCCUCUAUGGGAGCUUCACAAUCUAUCCUGCUAUGUUCUGAAUGUGAAAGAAAGGUCUGUAAAGUUUGUUGUGCCGGGACGGGAGCUCUGCUGCUUGUGAAUGCCACCACAAGGGAUGCAACAAAUUACAAUGGUCUGUCGAGUCAGGGCGGUUCAAGCCAUGGUGGUCUAGUUGACAGUUGCACAAGUCGUUCAGCAGCACUGGAUAGUGUUGUUUGUAAACGAUGCUGCCGGGAGAUUGUCCUUGAUGCAUUAAUAUUGGAUUACGUGAGAGUCUUGAUCAGUCAGAGAAGAAGAGACCGUGCAGACAGUGCUGCUUACAAAGCUUUGGAUCAAGUUGUAGGGUCUCCCUUAAGGAGUGGUGUUCAUGAAAAAGGUCAGCCUUCUGGUAGUCAAGCUGUUCAGAUUCUACGACAAUUGCUUUCUGGGGAAGAGUCGGUUGCAGAAUUUCCAUUGGCAAGCUUCUUACAUUCGGUUGAAACAGCACCAGAUUCAGCUCCAUUCUUCUCAUUACUUGCUCCAUUGAGUUCUGGGCCAUGGAACUCAUAUUGGAAAGCUCCUCCAGCUACCAACUCUGUUGAAUUUGUUAUUGUUCUGGGUACCCUUUCUGAUGUUAGUGGGGUUAUCUUGCUUGUUAGUCCAUGCGGAUAUUCUGCGGCUGAUACUCCUACUGUUCAAAUCUGGGCCAGCAAUAGAAUCGAGAAGGAAGAAAGGUCAUGCAUGGGAAAAUGGGAUGUUCAAUCCUUAGCUCCGUCUUCCUCAGAAAUAUAUGGACCAGAAAACUCAGGCAGAGAAAAUAAAGUCCCUAGACAUGUGAAAUUUUCUUUCAGGAAUCCUGUUAGAUGUCGAAUCAUUUGGGUAACACUACGUCUUCAGCGACCUGGAUCAAGUUCUGUUAAUUUUGAUCUUUUAUCCCUAGAGGAAAACCCCUUUGCACAAGUAAAUCGACGUGCCUCUUUCGGCGGGUCGGUUGAAAAUGACCCAUGUCUUCAUGCUAGAAGAAUUCUAGUAGUUGGAACUCCAGUGAGAAAAGAGAUGGGCCUUUCAUCACAAGAUUCUGACCAGAUGAAUUUUAACGGCUGGUUGGAGCGGGCUCCACAGUUGGGUAGAUUCAAGGUCCCAAUUGAGGCUGAGAGACUACUGGAUAGUGAUCUUGUCUUGGAACAAUAUAUGCCUCCUGCUUCCCCUUUGCUUGCUGGAUUUCGUCUUGAUGCUUUUGCGGCAAUAAAGCCUCGAGUUACCCAUUCUCCAGCCUCAAAUGUAGAUACAUGGGAUACUUCAGUAACCUUUUUAGAAGACAGAAAUAUCUCUCCUGCUGUGUUAUACAUACAAGUUUCAGCACUCCAGGAACCGCACAACAUGGUGACCAUUGGUGAAUAUCGGCUGCCGGAGGCUAAGGCUGGAACUGCAAUGUACUUUGACUUUCCGAGACAGAUACAAACCCGCAGAGUUACAUUCAAGCUUAUGGGGGAUGUGACUGCAUUCGUAGAUGAUCCGGCAGAACAGGAUGAUUCUGGUUUAAGAUCUUUCCCUUUUGCAUCAGGAUUAUCAUUGUCAACUAGGAUUAAAUUAUAUUACUAUGCCGAUCCUUAUGAACUUGGAAAAUGGGCCAGCCUUUCUGCAAUUUGAUUAUCAUUUAUGCACGAGUAGAAGGGUUUUGAGCAUUGAUGGUGAUUUCUUGUGGUUGUCGGUGUCAUUUAUAAUUUUUUUUUUUCCUUUUUUUUUUUUGUUGUAUAUUAGGAAAAUGUUGUAGUGUAUUCAUUGGUGUAAUAAUAUCAGUGGUGUUGGGAAAUCAUAAUAACAUCUCUUCUAUCCAAGAGAAAUUUUUGUGAAAUGUCCUAUUUUUUCGAGAUUUCAAUUUUCAA